AAUACAACAUAACUUAGUAAAACAAUUUUAGACGAGGUUCCACUGGAUGUUAUUCAAGUUAGGUAGAACUUGUUUUUUGUUGCAAACAACUUGUUAUAGUCAAUUUAGAAAGUAAUCCCCUUACUGCAACUUAUAUUUCUUGACGUCAUAAAUGGACAGCGGUGAUAUUUCCAGCCUGAUCCUUUUAGACGUCAGCGCGGCCUUUGACACUGUUGACCUGAAACCAUUUGCAAAAACCCUAUAAAAUACUUUGGAAUACCUGGCUCAGUUUUUGCUUGGUUUCGGUCCUACCUCUCCGAUAGGUGGCUGUCGAUUACUGUCUCUCCGGCAGUGCGGACUUGGUGUACGGAGUGGCACGGGGGUCCGUUUGGGCCCCGUUUUGGGCCCCGUUCUGUUCAUGAUCUAUACAUGGCCACUGCUCCUCUUGCUCGGGAGGCACGCUGUGGAGAGCCAGUCAUUCACAGAUGACAAGCAGCUAUACAAGCAUAUCAAUCCCUCUCUAGUCGAUUCCGCUAUCUGGACUUCGCGGUAUAGCAUUGGUGCUAUCAAGUCAUUGAUGACGCUAAGCAUGUUGAAGCUUAAUGAUGACAAAACGGAAACACUCCUCAUUCACAAUCACAAAUCAUCCUCUAACUCAGCUCUUCCCACCUCGUUGCAAGUAGGUAACUCGAACAUAAAGUGUACAUCCUCCGAUAGGAAUCUUGUUUAUAUUCUGUCUAACAUGUCUCUUGAUAAACAUAUCUCUCACAUUUGUCGCUCUGCAUAAACUGCUAUGCUCCAAAUCAGCUCCAUCCUCUACUAUCUCACAGUUAGUGCAACAAUAAACCCUAGUUUAUGCUCAUUUUCUCUCUCGUCUUGACCAUUUCAACUCUCUUUUGUCAGGCUCACCAAAACAAUUCUUAGAAAAAUUAAAAAAGGUUCAAAACACAGCAGUACGGCUAGUUAUGUAGGCAAAAAAACGUGACCACGUCACACCACCACUUUAUUCACUACAUUGGCUCCUUGUAGCAGCACGGAUUGACUACAAACUCUCUGUUCUUUGCCACAACUUUUUCUCAAAUUCCUGGCUUUGCUAUUUUACUGAACUUCUCUCUGUCUAUGCACUCCUUCGACAGCUUCGCCCCUCCGCAGACGCCCGUAUUCUUUCUGUCUCCAAGGCUCGCACAAAAUCAAACUGUGAACGAUCUUUCUUUUUUCGGUUUUCCUAAACAAUGGAAUUCUCUUCCAUUACACAUUCGCAAUAUCCCGAGCAUCACAGCCUUCAAAACUGCACUCAAAACACAUCUCUUUGAUCUCUAAUAUCCCGUCUGAUUCCACCUCUGACCGAAAACGAUGCUGCUUGGUAUCGUCCAUGGCUUGACAUGUAAAUAGUUUAUAAUCUUAAUUUUUUUUUUUUAAAUUUAAUUAAUGUAUGUUAGUUAAUUUUUUUAAAGUUCAUGAUGAUGUUUGUUAAAUUGUGUGUCCAGCGUGUUGAGCCCAGUCCUAGGCUGGGUUGCCACGCUAUAUAAAUUACUUAUAAUAAUAAUAAUAACAAUCUAACGCGCUAAAAGUCUAGAAAACAAGGGACUGAUAUCGACCAUUUUUAAGCAGUUAUGUUGUGAGUGCCAUUUGUCUCUGCGACGUUUGACGCAAAUAUUGCACAAAGGCUAUCCUGGUUUUCUUUGCGUUUGCGCUGCCUUUGAGUAAGGACGGUACGUUUUUCUUCUCUGAAUGAUUCAAGGAGCGAAGCCCAUAGAUUUCAUCGGAUCUCCUCUGAAAUUUUAGGAUUAAAUGUAGUAUAAAUUGAAACUGACGGUGGUCAAGAGUCAGAAACCCUAAACGGUACUUUUGGUGAUUACACGUUCAGAUAAUGCUACGUUCUGUUAAUUGAUUUGGAUCUAAUUUUAUCCUCUUCCUCCCUUUGCAGCAUCAUGAGCGGGAUCAGUGUGAUGUUCCAGUCACUUCAACUAAUGACAGCAUGUUUGUUAAUAAUUAACUGCAGUGGUAAGUCAAUACACCUGUAAUGAAUACAAGCCAUAUACAGAAAUACCGUCUAUGUUCUGGGGCAGAAUUUUCUUCUAACAGCAGGAUUGUGUUUGUUUUUUUGUUUUUUUAUGGAAUGGGGUCUGCCAACAUCUAGUCCCCAAUCGGGUGGCACUAACCAUAGCUAUGGUACCAUUUCAUAUAAAUAUAUAUAUUCGAAGAGCUUUACAUUUUAAAUCAAUAUAUGUUACUUCGAUUUUCUCAUCAUCGAUAGCGUGUUCGACUGGUUGGUUCGGGUCUCAGUGCCAAUACAAAUGCCAUUGUCAAGACAUGAAGUGCAGCGAGACCGGGGAAUGCGUCGACACAUCUUGCGAAAGAGGAUGGUUCGAUUACCUGUGUCAGUACCGUAAGUAACCCCAAAGGUUCACUUCAACAGUUUUUUUUAUUAUGAGUAACCUUUGAAAUUUAAAUUUGAGUCUCAGUCGUUAGUAUCUUUAGUCCCAGAUAUCUAAGCAUUGAGGAUGCCCUAGAGCAGUCAAAUGAAAUGUUAGGCGAGCCUCUGUACAGGAUAGUUAUGCUCAGCGCUGGGAUAAGGACGCGAUGGCGGUCCCUUGUUGAUUACCAGUGACAUGACUGUCAUGCGAUAUUCAGAGUACUCUAAAUGACAUAAAUCGCAGAAUAAAUGCAGGAUUGAAUAGACGAGGAUAUUCUGUAUGUUUACUCUUAGAACAUGUAAUCUAUUCUUUAAAAAAAAUGACUGUAUUAGCCGACUCAAGAAGAGAAACAUGAUAUUUAUUCAUUAUAAGUAUUUUAUUUAUAUAUACGGUAUAUUUAUAUUUUUUUAAAACAUGGAUUUAUUUUGUUAUUUUUUAAAUUUUCAAUAAAUCGGUGAUAGUUUUGUGACAUUGAAAAACCAGUUAUCGAUUAUUAAUUUAUACAAAGCAUAUUAUUAAGUAAAAUUGCGCUUUUCGAGUUAUCACAUUUAUUUAUAUAUAUAUAAAUAAUUCUAGAACUGGCCCACUUUAGAGAGAGUCAGCCGAUGCACCUGCUACUUAUUGGCUAUGCUAGUGUGCGACCCCCCUCCUCUUUAACGACGUCACAUGUAACUCUUUGCCUUUAAUUUUAAUUCAGAGUUGACAUAUUUAUAAGGUAAAAACUCCCUUAUAUGAUCUGUGCUUUACUUUUACCCAAUGAAUAUUUCGGAGAUAUGUUCAAGUUUGAACCAAUCCCCUAUUUAAAGAAAAUUAUUUUCAUUUUGCCUAUAUUCAAGCAAAUAUUAAUCUUUCGUUAUUAUUAUUAUUAUUAUUAUUAUUAGUUGCAAUGAUAUGUUGUACACAAAAUGAAUACUUAUAACUAAAAAUGCAUUUAAUUUUCAUAUUCUAUCCUCUGAUUAUUUUUUUAAAAAUAAUCACGUGUGCUAUUAUAAUUAACGCCCUGAAUUUUGUUUCAUUGCCAACCCCCAUUUCCUGCCAAUAAAGAAAAUUUCAUGGAAAUCCCAAAUACUUUUGUGACCGGAGUUCCGAGUGACAUUCCUCUGAACUGGUUAACGGAUGGUAGUGACAGCACGUGUAACAAUAAUCCGGGUCUGCAAUCAGUUACAGUGAAAUUUGAAUUGCAACUGGUAUUCACUUGGCUCCAUUUAACAGUGAAGGAAGGAGGUAUGAAGAUUAAGUUGAAUUCGAGUUUAUAAUCUCUCUCUCUCUCACUCUUUGUCUCUCCUUCUGUCUCUAUCUAUCGGUCUCUCUUCUUUUUAUUCUAUAUAUAUUGAGGUCCAACGAUGAAUGUAUUGAUUAUUCUGGUCCUAUGAAUUUUGAGGCGAUUUGCAAUGCUUCUUUGUCUGGUAUUGAACAGGAUAAUUCACUGGUUGCAAAGGCUACUCAGCAAGGGUAAAAUGAACGGUGGGUCUCAUUGCACGUGGCAAUAGACGCAAAAUUAAAGGUGGCACGUUUUGUCGCCUCAGAUGAACUCUGACUCACUCUCGGUCUCUCACUCAAUCUCACUGUCUCUGUUUUUCUCUCUUUAUCUCUAUAUUACCCUCUGCUACUUCAUUUUAUAUAUUACAUGUAUUUACAAAAUGCUAAAAUAAAACACUCUAAUUUUCAGCCAAUUAAUAAUAUAAAAAUGAGUAAAUGUUUGACGUUGCGAAUUAGAUGCUCGUUGACCAACAUGCUCACCACCACAUACCCCAUAACUGAAUGGGUGAUGCGAGAUAUAUAUAGUGCCACACAAACUCAGACACGCACGCACAUACGAACACACCCCUAUACACACGCACGCUUACUUAUACAUUCAUUCGUCACAUAUACAUUAUUGGGUUCAUCCACCCAUCAACCCAACAACACACACGAGCAGAUGCGCACAGACACACACUUGGACUCAAACACACACACAAACCUUUAUAGAUAUAGUUCGUCCACUUUAGUGUGGCUGCGGUUUUAAUCAAACCGUACGAUAUCCAGCCCGUGUAGGGGACAAGGUUUCGAACAUGUGUGCACUCGAGGAUGGACUCCCACAGGGGUCAGCCUUGAGCUGCACCUUGUUCCUGGCGUAUGUGUACGACCUGCAGUCACAGUUGGUAACGAAGAACACAAUGUUCGCGGACGAUCUAGCGAUUUGGAGCUCUGGCAAAUCCAUCCAGCAGCUGCAGAACCGGCUGCAGAACGAUCUCACUAAGAUACAGGAUUACGCUAGGAAAUGGAGAUUGGUGGUGAAUGCGGAAAAGUCCGUUUAUUUCGCUAUUCACAAACGGGAAGAAUGCUUCAAAGGAGAACAUCGACCUCCAAAUCUGCGGGAAAAGGUUAAAAUGGGACAAAUCACCCACGUACUUGGGCGUUAAGUUGGACCAAAAACUCCAACUUCACAAUCAUGUGCGGGAACAAGGCGCUCGAGCCACGUCAAAACUCAGCAUGAUCAAAAAACUUGCCAGCACCACCUGGGGAGCUGACUCAAAACUCCUGAAAAAUAUUUACCUUGGGAGUGAAAGAGGUGCCCUGGACUACAGCCUGCCGGUCCAGGCCUUCGCCUGUAUUCAUAAAUACAUAUAUACAUAUUUAUAUACACACAUACAUACUUACAUACAUACAUGCAUACAUACAUACAUACAUACAUACAUACUACAUACAUACAUACAUACAUACAUACAUACAUACAUACAUACAUACAUACAUACAUACAUACAUACAUACAUACAUACAUACAUACAUACAUUCAUACAUACAUACAUAGAGAAAUAUAUAUACAUACAUACAUACAUACAUACAUAAAUACAUACAUACAAUCAUACAUCCAUACAUACAUCCAUCCAUACAUACAUACAUACAUACAUACAUACAUACAUACAUACAUACAUACAUACAUACAUACAUACAUACAUACAUACAUACAUACAUACAUACAUACGUACAUACGUACAUACAUACAUAACAAACAUACAUACAUACAUACAUAACAAACAUACAUAUAUACAUACAUAACAAACAUACAUUCAUACGUAUACGCAUACAUACACACAUACACACAUUCACACACACACGCGCACACACACAUCGCUAUGCACUUUCUUUUUAAACUAAUGAAAAGUGAAAUUUUAUUUGUUAAAAUUCGUUCUAUCUUAAGAAACAUUUGGUUUGAAAGAAUUGUUGCGACUUGCAGGGUGAUUAUUUAUAGCAUUUCUUGUUUUAAGAAAAUUCAAAAACAAAUUCCCAUGAGCUCGUAGAAAGCAUAGCUUUCUAUAAAAAAAAAAUUGAUUUUUAACGUAAUUAUUUUGAAAAUUACUUUGUUCUCCUUUUUUUUCUUCAAAAUCACAUAUUAGAAAAAGCGGAUAACGUCGCUUUACUAUUUGAAAAGUCUGGAAGGCCUGGAGAAUUUAUUGGCUGCGACCACAUAGAUGUUGUACCCAUCACGAAAUCGGGUCGUAGGUUCGAGCUCAGCUGUUAUCUCAACGAACCGGUAUCGAAGGUCAUCCUCUCCGGUUCACAGUUAAAGAACCUGUGUGCCCUGCAAAUAAAUGGCGGUAUGGAAUCCAUGUGACGCAACUGCUAAUGAUUUUAUUUUAUUUAUUUCCCUUUUUUUUUUUUAAAGGCUCAUUACAUCUCAGUCUUCAGUCUCUUCCUAAAACAUGCAUUACAAUAAUAGCAUUGCUGUGUACCCAGCCACACCCCCAGACCCCGAAAAAAAAAAACUAACUAAUAAUUUUAACUUUCUCCAGAUGAUAAGAAUGUUGAAAAAUUCGAAUUUGAUGAGCUUUUUAUCAUAACAAUUAUCUCUCCGUUUCCAUUUUUCUUUAAAUGUAUUAAAUCAAAAAUCAUAACCAAUAUUUUUAAAAAAAUCCAGAAUGCUCAAAUAUAUAGUUUCAAUUAUAAAAAAAAGAGAAACACAUAUAUCUAUUUUCUCAUAAUUUUACAUCAGAUUGCCAUUAAACACUUAUAAAGAAAUCAGAUUGUCAUCAAAAACUUAUAAAGAAAUCAGAUUGUCAUCACUUAUAAAGAAAUCAGAUUGUCAUCAAACACUUAUAAAGAAAUCAGAUUGUCAUCAAACACUUAUAAAGAAAUCAGAUUGUCAUCAAACACUUAUAAAGAAAUCAGAUUGUCAUCAAACACUUAUAAAGAAAUCAGAUUGUCAUCAAACACUUAUAAAGAAAUCAGAUUGCCAUCAAACACUUAUAAAGAAAUCGUGCUAUUCUGCAUGAGGGCGAGGCGCUUGCAGAAAAGUUAUCAACUCUUGAAAUUUAAAACCCUUUUUUUUUUGGUCUGUGUUCCAUCUCAUAAUACAUUCGUACAAACACGCGUAUGUUACUUUAAUUCCAGGCCGAAAUAUUGCACUGAAACAGGAUGUCUCGAUUGAAGAAAACUCCCAAACGAUUUCUCAAGGUUCAUCCAGCCUGGCAGUGGAUGGGAACAGCUCUCCCAAGUACGACACCUGUGCGAAACCGGUAAUUUCCUUGACACUUACGUUCAACAAGGAUUUUAUGAUCACCAGAAUUCUUCUGUACGCCAGGGAGGACUUUAGUGAGUUACAUCGGUAUAAGAAAAACAUAACCCUUCAUAUAUCUUUUUUUCCCCCCUCGUUUCUUUUGUUAUCAUUGCAACAGUAAUAACUUGUCUUGCAAUUGUGUUGUUUCGUUAUAAUGCUGUUCUUUCAUCGUUUCCCUGUUUUCCAGAAGAUUUGCACGUAAAAUUUGACCUUAGUGCUUACAAUGCCAGAAACGAUCUUCAAGUGCGUGUACAGGAUUACACAACAGACAAAAAGAAGAUCAACGAAGUUUUAAAUGGACACUGGAAAUCCCCGUGGAGAUAUGUCAUCGUCAAUUCGACGUUAAUUGAAGACGUGAUGCCUUUGUGCGAGGUGGAAGCAUUCGGGGGUAAUGUAUCGUACAAUAGCUCUCUCCUAGGUCGAUCCAAUCUGAACGAAACAUUGCAAUUCGUUAAGAUUAAUUGGCAUUACGGGACAAACGACAGGAUGAUACUCUCAAAGUUAUUAUUACUCUACCAGUUGUUCUUUUUUUUUUUUCGAUUACAACCGUACGCACUUCACCAAAUGAAUUUACAAACGGGAAGCGAAUGGGCAACCACAUUUGCUACGAAAUAUUUUCCUUUAAAGAGUUUGUGAAAGUCCCAAAGAACUUUCGGCAUCAUUCUCAACCCGUUCAUCACAACGCGAAUCAGGACGUAGAAUUCGCAAAAAAAAAAAAAAUAUUAGAUCGCAAGUUGACUGAAUUUUAAACAAGGACAAACUGGUACGUAAAUCAGCCAAUCAGAUCUCUGCACGGAUCUGAAUUGACCAAAUGGAAAAUCACGUUUGGCUGAAACAGCUUGGAAAGGGAGGCGUUUCGUGAGUUGCCAGUUUUCUCCCUCUGUCUUGGUGUCAUGCCAUCUGCUGGACUCAUUCUUCGGGUCUGCCUUCAGAGCUCUCUCCUCUUGGGCGGAGAGCCCUCAAACGAGUUCUAUCGAACGUGGCUGUUGGUGAUGCUUUUUUUUUUUAAACCAGUGUAUGCUUUUGCUAAGGAUUGAACUACAAUCCACAUUACUUCAUAUUGACGCAGUUUAGACCGCACAGACACCCAACUUGGGCAGUCAUUAACAUGAGACGAUAAUUUCACAGACUGCCCCCUUAAGACAGCUGGACUCUACUGUGAGACUUGCGAGGGCAGAUGUACACUCGGUGAGUGUUACAGAGACGGAACUUGUAAGCUCGGCUGUCUUGGACCGACCAUUCCACCCCUUUGUAUUCAAAGUAGGUUCUAGUAGAGUAUUUUUUUUUAAAAAUAAAUACAUUAUUAACAAAAAUAUUGCUGAGAGCAUGGGCGCCCGCAGAAAACUUUCUAGGGGUGGGGCAAAAAAAUUGAUUAACUUUCCGGGGGGGGGGGGUAAACAAUUUUUAGUAAUGUUUUAAUGUAGUUUUAAUUUACUGUAGCGUAUUUUUAUGGUGAACGAACGGACAGGACAUCAGCUUAGUUACUUUCUCUUUAUUUUUUCUUUUCUUUUAUAAAUUCAAUUUUUAGUAAUGUUUUAAUGUAGUUUUAAUUUACUGUAGCGUAUUUUUAUGGUGAACGAACGGACAGGACAUCAGCUUAGUUACUUUCUCUUUAUUUUCUCUUUUCUUUUAUAAAUUUUUUGUCUAUUUUUGUACAAUUUUUUUUAAUCCAAUUAAUCCGGGGGGGGGGCAAGUGCCCCCCUUGCCCCACCCCCACCCCUGUGGCGCCCAUGGCUCAGAGGCAGUGGUAAACCCCUGUUUGCGGACGGGGGAUUAUGGGAACUCAUCAAAUAUUCACGCGACCAUAGUUACCUAAAAUAAUUUUAUUUUAAAAUCAUUUAACACCAUACACACAAAAUCUGAUCAGUAUAUUUCUCAAAAGCAAAUUAGUUGGUUUAACGAACGGGUCCGGUAUACUUUUCAAAACGAAACAUACUUUUUGGCCAUCUGGUCGGGAGCCGCAAAAAGCCAGCACUGCAUUUCAAAAAAUUCCAGGGACUAUGGUUUUAGAGCAAAAAGAAGAUCAAGCUAUGGAUCGUGCAAGGCCUUUCUUAGAGUCAACCUAAUGGACGUUCAGGAGAACUCAUAGCUUGUGACUGGACCUUUCCGGACAACUUCCUGUUAAACAAGGACAGAAGAUGAAGAAUGCUAAGCCUCAGGCUAUUUUGGCUAAGCCCUAGGCUAUUUGGCUACGCCUCGGGCUAUUUUGGCUAAGCCUCAUGCUAUUUUGGCUAAGCCCCGGGCUAUUUGGGCUAAGCCAGAGUCUAUUUUGGCUAAGCCCGAGGCUAUUUGGCUAAGCCUCAGGCUUCUUGGAUAAGCUUCAGGCUCUUUGGUAAGCCACACAAAUGUUAAACAUGCCCUGGCAUACAUGGUAAGACCAUUUUAUAGUUCUUAAUAAAAGCGCCAACACAUAUCUAUGAUUUCGUGAAUAUUUUUUUAAAAAUUAUUUUUUAAAAAAAAUCAGUUUCUCAUCAGGUGAGAAGAAAACUCAUAUCAUCAAUAAGCCUUAAAAACAUCCUUAUAUGCAGCAUUAAAAUCAAAUUUCAUAGACUUAUAACUUAGAUGGAUUUCAACGAAUGAGGCGACUCACCAAUAAACAAGUCUUCUGAUUUAACAGUUUUCGGACAAAAUAUAUAUGAGUCGAAAUGUUAUCAAGGUGAUGAUGAGAGUUACAGAGUUUAUCCUAUGCCAAUGACAUACAAAUAACGUCCUAUAACACAGUCAGGUAUAAGAGCCCGUGAGCACUUGAUUUUUUUCAUGGACGACUGCUGUGCAAGUAAAAAUAUAGUUUAAUUAAUUGAUGUAAGCGAGAGCAGUCGCGCUUACUUCAUUUCGACCAACUAUCACAACUCAUUGCAGGGUCAAUUUAUUCACUACGAAUGUUUAAUAUCGAAUCACAUUUGUCACUCAAAUUGCUCUUUUCAUAAUUUUGUUACUGUGCUUUAUGUUCUAUGCAAUAUUUUUGACCACGUUAUGUGUUUAAUAUAUUGUACAUUCUAUGUAGAUUGUUUCGAAUAUGAUUUUACUUUUAUUGUUUCGAGGGGCUCUUUUAUAGACUUGAUUUAUUUAGAAGACUACAGGUUUAUACCUUGUAUUGUUCUCCACUUUCAAUUUCAACGAGAUACAAACAAUGAGAAAAGUAUCUCCCAAGCAGGAGUAUUAGUCAUACUUUAGCUAAGUGAAGUAGGUUUUAAACUCCAUUUUUAAAUUUAAAAAAAAUUUUAAAAAAAAAAAAAUUAAUGAAAAGUUGCUACCUUUUAAAUAAAUGCGUUUUUGUUAUUCUUUAGAAUGCACUCAGGGGACAUGGGGUAAAGAUUGCAUCCAUUCCUGCAGUAAUCAAUGUAGUCAC